UGAUCGGAUGCGUGCGCAAAGACACAGUUAUUAAAGAUGGCGGCGCAUUGACAACAAUCCAGGUAUUCUUACAAAUAUUACUACUUCGUGAACAAGCUGGGGACAAAAUCGUUUAUUAGACGUUUUGAAUUAUUUUGAAUCGUCAUAGCUAUCAGUAGUUGUGACUAGGUUUCACAAAAACAAGUGUUUAAAAUGUCGGUAACGCGUGUUUUGCAUCAACGGAUAAGCUCUGUCAUGGGCAUACUUGCCUCAGCUGCUGUGACCGAGAUUUGCAAGUUAGUGGACGAUUGCUGUGGAGCGUUACGUGUAGAAGUCUCUCAAAGCAAGGAGCAAAUCCUAUUGCUAGAGAAGCAACUCAGCCUGGCGGAGUCGAGGUACAGGUCGGUGAGUGGCAAAGGGCUGACGCCUGUCACCGGCGACUCACCAAUAAUCAACAGUUCGUCGGGCGAUUCACCCGCGGCGAAUGCAGAUGAUGCGGACGAAGACGAAGUUAACACUCUUGAGGUGGACGGUGUCAAUGGCAAUCAGCACGCUCUGUGGAAAGAGGUAUCCACAGCACCAACUGAUGAGGCUGGGCCCCUCAUACUGACCCCUGGCCCCAUAGUCAGUUCCAAUGAGAACACUGGGCCCCCCGCAAUGACCCCUGACCCCAUAGUAAUUUCCAGUGACAUACCCAGAAAGCAACAUAUUACCAGUUUCCGAGUUGGUGAAACUCCCAAGAUACAACCGUGCACCACUUGCUGCUCCCUCUACCACUGCCCCUUCUGCCGACCGUCUGCGUUCAAACCCAACGAGUUACAUCGGAUCAUCCCACACAUCCAGAGCCACCUGAAAAGUGCAGUUCAGAAUGAUGAGUACAUCGUCUACAACUGCAAACUGACGUGCAGAGACUACCCUCACUACCACUGCAGCUAUUGUGACCAUGUACUCUGCAGAAAAGCGUUGUUUAUAGAACAUUUCAGAGCUUGCAGAAAGCGGAACGGGACUCAAAGACCUGCCCGUGUCCAAGCUCAAUCUCCAUCUGUUGCUCCGCCCCUCCAGCAACAUCCCUCUCCAGCCCAGAGACCUCUCGCCCAUUCAACAUCCACACCUGUCCUGCCUCUCACAUCUAUACCUGCUGUCCCUUCCAGCUCCAGACCUGCCACCCCUCUGAGCUUACCAGUCGCUCUUCAAACUCUAAACACAGACACACCUCCAAUGGAAAAACCAGAUGCUUCUGCCAGUCACAAUCCGGUCACACGCCAGGAUUCGGAACCCUCCUCGCCCGAAGUGUACAGCUGCCCUCCUACGCCGCAGAUUGAGACCGAGAGACCGCAAAGACCUUCCCAAAGGGAUGCAGUUCCUGUACAGACUCAGUGUGACCACUGCGGCAUCAUCCUAAACAAGAAGAACUUCAAGGUUCACAUGAAGAGGAAACACCAUGAAGAGUACAUCGCUGCAGAGAACGAGGAGGCCCUGAGGAGAUACCUGGCCGAAUCCAAGAUGGACGUGCCACCCUGGUGCCGUGCCACCAAGGUCCAGUGCGAUCUCUGCGGAAUCAGGCUGAACAAGAAGAAUUUCAAGAACCACAUGAAGAGGAAACACAAGGUGAACGUGACGGCGUCGGCCUUCCAGGAAGCUUUCGACCGGUGCCUGGGCGAACAAGGCCUGUUGGUGGUCGAGAGCUCGUUGCCCGGCUACACUUAUACUAGGACGCAGGAAAGAGGAAGGCGGAGGGAAGAGCGUGACGAUGACCUCUUUCCGGACAUCGACAUGGAAGAAGAACAAAGCGACAGGUUCCCGGACACUGGCGCACUACUGGCCCAGGAAACGGACCUGGCGACCCAGCAGUUGCAAAGCGAGAGAGUGCUGACUGGAAUGAAUCCUCAGAGGUACCAUGGUCUGGGGAAACCUCAUCUCCUGGAGCUUCCUCUUGAGUCGCUGGUGUGGAUCUUCCGGGACGUACUGCGUGUGGAUGGAAAGAGAGGCUACUGGAACCUGUCUCUGGUCUGCAGAACCUUCAAUGCCAUCCUGACAAAUGAAAUCAUCAGGAAGUACUCCUCAGGGAAGAGAUCUGAUCCUGAACCCCAGUAGUUACUGAAAGGAGGAGAAGCCAGUACAUUGUGCUUACAGGUUACUGUGAAUGACAUAAUGUGCUAAUAUGCUCACUGCAUACACACCUAUUACCAAUGUUAUUACUACCAAUGUUUAUUUUUUUAUUUACAACGUUCUCAUUUAUUGUAAAAACAAAAAGCUAAAUGUUAUCUAGUUGUUUUGCUAUCGCUGAGGACUAUCUGAAAUCCCAUUGGCUAUUUAUCCAUUCUAUAUUCAGAUUUUGUUUAUCUUUUUACUGUUACAUUGUUCAGAGUUAGAGUGCAUUCUCAGUGUGGUGCUUCAGUUAGUUUGGAGACUACUAACCCUUAGCCUACUAAAUAAAUUACUUAGUUUUAAUUGAAGGAAUGUAUUUAUUCCUUUAUAAUUCAGUUGUAUUCUGAUUUUGUAUUUUUGUACUUGAACUAAAUAGUAAAAUCAUUUUUGGAUGA